UGUGUCGAACACUUCUAAGUGAUGCAGACAUCAAGCUGGAAGGGUACCUGAGACAGAGGAUAUUUAUAACUGAUUUGCUGGGCCCAGCUGGAAAAGCAUCACUGUUGGGCAAGUUGACGGAUGUCAAGACACCAAAGGAGGCUAAACAUUUGUCCUUUAAGAUUGUGGAUUUCCUGCACCUUGCUGAAACCAAACCAGAGUUAGCAGAGCUCGAAAGAGUGUUUCAGCUGCUGAGUGUUCCUGAUGAUGUUGAGAAAUCCUUCAAUUUCGGGGCUAGUCUGCUGAGACUGUAUCACCAUCUGGGGGAGCCAGACAGGGCCUACAGUUUGUAUAAAAAUCCUGUGUGUAAAGUUCUGCUCAGUGAUAACACCUGCCACAAGGUGCUGAUGGACCUCCUGUACAAGCACGGGCACUACUAUCAGGUGCUGGAUGUCUACACCAGUCUCCAGGCAUUUAACAUUGACUGUGUGACUCUGGCUUUUGGGGCAUUUUACCAUAUUAAUACCCCUGAAAGUUAUGAAGCUGCAGAAAACCUAGUCAAAGAACUGUUACAGAAGCAUACACUGUCCAGACGGGCUCUCUUGUAUGUUAUUAUGCUAUCUGUAAACCAGAAUCAUCCAGCCAGUGCCUUGGAAAUGAUGAAAAAGCUAAGAGCUGAUAAUCUGAUACUCAACAUUAUGCUGAUGUGCUACGCCAAGCUAGGACAUAUUCCAGAAGUAUUCACAGGGCUAGAAGAGGCUAUAAAGAAAGCUAGUGAUUUAUCAAGGCCUUUAAAUACUAGGCUAUACUGUGACACAAUGAGAGAUGUCAGACAAGCUAUAACCAGCAAUGCCAACCAGCAAAGCCUGCAGAAGUUCAACAAAAUUGAGCAAGAGUUAUCUUCUCUUGGAGCUUUCAGUCCACAGAAAGUCACUUUUUAUCUGGACAAAACAAUAUUUGGAGAACGGAGCAACGUGAAAGAGAGUGGCAAACGGGGAAUCAUACGAGUGGAGCAGUGA